GGCGAGCUGGAUCGCACACGAGGGCGCCCAGGCUCGCCAGCGCUUUGCGUGAGUGGAGGCCGCCUCGCCGCCAUGUACCACCCCACCCACCACGCCACCCGCACGGAUCGCCUCUCUCCGCCUGCCGGCCUGGGAGGCGCGAAGCAGCAGCUCCUUGGCGGCCCUUCGGGCGGAGCAGGUGGAUGCGGGGCGCGAGCCCACGGGGGGAUGGUCAAGGAGCCGCCGUUGCCUCGCAGCAGCGCCGUCUUCGGAUCGGGUCGCAUGCCGCCUGCGCCAGCCACAGCCGCGGCGCUCUCGUUGGACGACUCGGAUCUCGCCAGCGUCGUCAGCGAGAGCUGGACCAAAUGCGCAGCGUCGCGCCGCCUCGCCUCCGUGGCCCCUUCCGCACUGCCCGGCCAAGGCUUGCCGCAGUCCGCAGCGAACGCGUCGUCCGCGCCCUCCGCCACCACGCCGUCGGGCUUGCCCGGGUCGCUUUCGUCUGGCAGCCGUUGCGGCCGUUUCGCAGCGUGGGGGUGCGCCGAUCCACUCUUCGCGUUCGAGCGCGGCGCGCUGCUGAUGGGAGAGAGCGGAAUAUCUCACGCUGCAGAAACUCCGUUCCCCGCGCGUCUCCCGCGCGUCCAUCUUUCCGCGCAGGCGUCGGCGGGACAUGGUGUGGCGCGCGGAAGCAGCGCGAGCAGCAUUAGCACGAGCUGCCAGCACUCGGCGCUCCACCAGCGGCCGUUCUCGCCAUCCGCCACGCCGGAGCACGUCGCGGACUGCUUAGAGCGCACGGCGGACAGCGUGGGCGCGCGCCAGGGGCAAUGGGGAACGGCUGAAGCGCGUGACGAUAGAGUUGGAGCGGGUGGCGGAAGCAGCAGCUGCGGGAAGAGACGGUCGGCCGGCGCCCCGCCGAGCACAGUAGUCGUCGCCGCUAGCUCCGCGCACCCCGCGAACCACCAUCCCACCUCCGCCGCACACGCGGUGGCGUCAGCGGCGGUAGGGUGGGAGGAAGCAAAUGGGGAAGGCAUUGGGGAGGCAAUGGGAUGCUGGGCGGAAGGGAUGGGAGAAGCGGAGCGGGCGGAGGGCGCGCGCGCGGAGGACAUGGAGGAGGGCUUCGAGCUGUCGGAGUACCUCAGCCUGCCCGACGACCUGGCGUGGUGCGCGUGGCCCGCCUGCGACCAAGUCGCCGUCUCCCGCGCCGUCAACCCCGCCGGCAUGUCCGCCGGGCUAGAAGACGUCGCUGACCGGGCCGACGGGGGCAGCGACCCGCAGCCGAACAGCUUCUGCCGCGCGCACCAGGCGCUGACGUCAGAUGCGCGCGUGCGCGGCGGGUGUCUGAUGUCACUGCUAGCGCGUAUGGACGGCGACGGCAUGCACGCCCACCAGCCGCCCGCCUCCGCCCAGCUCUCCGCUCCCCGUUCCGCGCAUUCUCCCGCGCCCUUUACUGCGCCCAUCGCCACCGCCGAGUCGUCGCCGCGCCAGCCGCUCCAGCAGCGUUCGCCGCCACCCGCCGGCCGUACGGAUGCGGCUUGGGGCAACGAGGCGGUGGCGCUGCUGCAGCGCGCGGAAUCGGGGUCGGGACUCGGUGCGGGAACGGCGCCUGUGGCAGCGGAAAAGAGCGCCGUUGGGGCCGGGGCGCGCGGAGGCUUGCAGGCGGCGAUGGAUGGCGCGAGCGGCGAGGGGGCGGCGGCGGAAGGCUUGCUCUGGGCGGCGCUGCCAGACGGUGGGCGUGCGCGUUGUGCUUUCACGCUCGCUUUCCUCUCCACCUCUACAUUCAUCCAACAUCUUCCCGUCCCAUCUACCCCUCUCACCGCCUCCCAUCGCCCCGUCUUGCACAUCUCCCUCUCCGCAGCGUGGUUCCGCGGGCUGGAUGUGUGGGAGGAUGCACAGCACGGCGGUCGGCAGGGGGAUGAGCGACCCGCUCGCGUGUGGCAGGGCGCGCAUGCCCGCUGGGAUGGGGGGUUGGGGGAGGGAGAGGGGGAGGGUAGAGGAAUGGGCGCGAAGGGGCGAGCGCACGGGCGGGAUCUUAUGGCGGAGGGGGAGUGGGCGGAUGUAGGGGCGGCGGAUGGGAGCGGUGGGUGGAGUGAGGGUGAUGAGGAGAAGAUGCAGUGGCAGGUGGAGAAGCAUGAGGGCGUGCAGGGGGCGCAUGCAGCGUGCCUGUGCGGUCAAGGGGUAGCAGCAACGCCACGCGCAUCACCACAUGCAGCGGCGGCAGAGGCAGCAGCACGAGAUGGAGAAAGAGAGACACUGCCUGCAGUGCCUGCUGCUGCGCUACCCGCUGCUCCCUGGCCCGCCGCCUCCCCGCUUGCUGCUUCUCCCCACACACCCGAAUCUGCUGUUCCACUACACGCCUCGCCUGUAGCCGCGGGUGGUGGUGCGGACGGCCCAAGCAGCGCUGGAGCGGAGAGGCGUGAGAGGCGGCAGCGCAGCAGCAGAGCGGCUGCAACAGCAGCAGCAGCAGCGGGUGGGGCAAGCGCGGGAAGCGAGGCGGCAGCGAUUGAGGCACGGAAAGUGCGUGACGCGGCCACUGUGGGGGCACGUGCAGGAGGGGGGAGGGAGGGCAGUGGCGCAGUGGCAGCGGGCACAGGGCAGGGUCGUGGUGCAGCAGGAGUUGGUGGCGGGGCAGGCGCGCCCAGAUUCGUGCCGUAUCCCGUAUGGCAUCAACCCGCCGCUCCCCUCAUGGCCCCCAUGCUCUUCGUGCAACCGCCCUUUCACCCUCCAAGCUUGCCUUACCCGCCAGCAGGUGCGGUGUCAGCAGUGAUGGGUGCAAGCCUGCCAGUGCCCAUGCGCCCUCUCACUCACAGCCCCAGGUUGCUCUCCGCCCUCCCUGCUGCUCUUGCCACUCCACCCUCUGCGCCCGCCACCACCGCCGCUGCUGCUGCUGUGCCAUCCACAGCACCUGCUGCCCGUGCCCCAGCACCCGCCUCCUCUGCCCACGCAUCACCCAUGUUCGGGCUCGACCCCUCGCACAUGCACCACCCCCUCUUCCCACCCCCCCCUGCGCUGUACCCCGCGCCCCCCUCGCUGCACCCCACGUGUGCGGCGCGGUCCGCCGCGGCCCUGAUGAUGGCGGCGGCCACGGCCACGGCCAUGGCGCGGCGGCGCCACCUGCUGGGGCUGGCGGGCGAGCCCGUCAUGAAGAGGAAGCGCGGCCGCCAGAAGAAGCCGCCGCCUCGCAACGGCCCGUGCGGAGCCACCACGAACCUGAGGCGCAUUGUGCCCAGGGGGAAAGGGGAGGACGCACACGAUGAGGGGGGCGCCGGGGCAGAUGCGGCGGGUGAGGCACGAGGGGGUACAGGGGGCUGCAACGGCAAGGCUGCAGAUGGAAGUGGGCCGGGUGGGGGCUCAGGCUUGGUGGCAGGAGGGGCAGCCGCAGGGGUUGCGCAAGGACAAGCAGUCAGUGGUGGUGGUGGUGGCGGAGGGGGGAGGAUAGGAGCAGGCAAUGAGGGGCGUGUGCUCGUCAGCAGUGACACAGCAUGUGCAGCAGCAGGCAGCACUGGUGCGGAUGGAGGUGAACGGAUGGCUGCUGCUGCACGUGCAAUGCCCGCACCCAGCUGUGCCCCACCACCUGCACUCUCAUCGGCUGGGUCCCCAUCUUCCGGGACUCCACCUGCUGCACAAUUUGUAUCUCGCUUUCCCUCCACAGCCAGUGCAGCGACUGCUUCGGCGAGUGGAUGUGAAGGUAGGGUGCAUGGGGCAAGGCUGGUUUCAAGAAUAUUGGAGAUGGGGGGAGUGGAGGCAAAGGAUUGCACUGCUGGCGUGCAUCGUUGGAAGCUUGCUCAGGUGGAACAAUGA